AAGAAGAUAGAGUAUGACACUCCAUAUAUAUAUACCGAGAUAAUUAUUCACAAUAAUUUAGUUGCAUUUUGACGUUUCUUUAUAAUCUUUGUGAUGAUUGUUUAUAAUCAUAGGAUGUUGGAGGGCGAUCCACUCCAGUAUUACACAACAGGAUUGUCCAUUCCUGCACAGCCCAGCUACUUUUCAUACUUCAACCGGUUUCAAAGUUACGAUCAUUUAAACAUGUCUGAAGAAUUAUUAAUGCCACACUCACCAAACGGCUCUCAGAGUGAUAGCGACAACUCUAUUUCAAGCUUAGAACCUUUUCCAAAGGACAGCAAACUAUCGAUCAUUAAGAAAAGUGAACAAGUUCAAUGUUGCUGGUCAUCAUGUGGAAUCAUUUUUGAAUCUCUGGACCAACUGGCAAUUCACGUUAGCAGAGUGCACUCGGCCAGCGGACCAGGUGGGCUAUUCUAUUGUGGAUGGAAAGGUUGUACAAGAAAUAAUAAAGGAUUUAAUGCGAGGUACAAAAUGUUGGUGCACGUUCGAACACACACCAAUGAAAAACCUCACCAUUGUUAUCAGUGUGAUAAAUCGUUUUCACGCGCCGAGAAUUUGAAGAUACAUUCACGAUCUCACAGUGGGGAGAAACCCUACGUUUGUCCAGUACCCGGUUGUCACAAAGCAUAUUCAAAUUCAAGCGAUCGAUUUAAGCACACAAGGACACAUCAGGUCGAUAAACCGUACCAAUGUAAGGUUCCCGGUUGUCCUAAAAGAUACACGGAUCCUAGCAGUUUAAGAAAGCAUGUGAAAACGUAUAAACACUUUGUGAGCGAAAAUGGAGUUAGUGCAGUCAAUAUAAAAACCAGUGUCAUUGUUACAAACAAAAAGGUAGAGUCACAUUUAGGUGCAAUAAAUGAAUCAUGCGAUUCACUGUGCACUUGCAAACACUUAUGCUGUGCAUCAAAAGACAGUGGGGUUUUAAAACUGGAUGGUUAUAUUAAUAUACGAAAUAACCACAAUACAUCAACGUGGAACAAAACCGCUUUUAUUCCUGAACCAAAACUAUUCAGGCCAUAUCAAAUCGACGAUAAAAUGGAGAUUGAUCUCCCUCUAGAUUUAAGUAUAGCACGUAGACACAUUUAGUUCUUAAUUAUUCAUUAUUUAUUUAAAGUAUUUAACAAAAA